UCGCAAACUUUGAGGGGCUAUAACUUCCAAAAUAAUUGUCUCCGCUCAAAAAUUCAAACAGUUUCGAAAUCAGCGUUGAAAAACACGUCUUUUAAAAAAAAAUCGAAAUUCGUGAGGUGCGUGGUAAAGUGCAUUUGUUCCCGAUUUUGAUCUGAGAAUAUUCCAUAAAAUAGGUCUUACUACAGCCGCUGUAUGCACUGUAUGCAGUAUUACUCUAUGGUAUGCAGUGACCAGUUGUUGCAUGGUGGGGAGAUUUGGCCUCGAGAUGUUCGAGCUUCGAGCGCAAUCAUUUGGAUGCGCGUGCCGUAUGCGCUCUCGUGGUGUGGAGUUUAAUAACAAUAUUUCCCGCCAUUUACUAUUAGGUGUCUAUGAUUGAUAGUAUGGAACUUUUUGCGUCUUAUGAUACUAUUUAUCCAGCAGAUACUGUAGAAUGGUGUCCAAUAUCAGAACACAGCAAUGUAUUUGUAUGUGGAACUUAUAAGCUUGACGAGGCAACAAAAACAAAAACUGGCACUAUCAAUUUAUUUUCUUUAGAGAGUCAAAACAAGAUUAAACUGGUCCAAAGUGUUACCAAUGAUGCUGUGCUAGAUUUAAAAUGGAAUCCUUUUAUUGUUUCUGGACAAAUAUUACUAGCAGCUGCAUUGUCUGGCAACCAUGUUAGUGUAUAUCGUUUGGAUAAAAAUGGAACUGAUAUAUCUUUAAGCUUGUUCUCUAGUUUUGAUCUUCCGAAAACUAACGGUGUAUCUAAUAUGAGUUUAUCAAUUGCAUGGUCAUGCCCUUAUGAAAAUGGAUCACAAAGUAUUGCAUUUAGUGACUCCGGUGGUUAUAUUACUUUAGUAAAUUUAAACAAUCAACUUAUACGCAGUUUCAAAGCUCAUGAUUUUGAAUCAUGGAUAGUCACAUAUAAUUAUUGGGAACCAAAUAUUUUAUUCUCAGGUGGUGAYGAUUGUAAAUUUAAGUGUUAUGACCAACGUUUACAAUUUGACAAACCUAUAUUUGAAAAUAAAGAACAUGAACAAGGAGUAACAACUUGCUCAUCCAAUAAAAUCCGAGAAAAUAUAAUCGUCACAGGAAGUUAUGAUGAAAAUAUAAGGCUGUGGGAUAUACGUAAUAUCAAGCACAGUUAUAAUAGCGUGAACGUUGAAGGUGGAGUUUGGAGAUUGAAAUGGGAACCUUAUAAAGAAGAAUAUCUCUUAAGUGCAUCAAUGUUUAAUGCUGCGCAUAUAAUAGACACAUCAUUAAAUGUAGCUAAUAUUUGUCAAUCUUUUGGUGAAAAAAAAAAUAGGCUUUACUAUGGAGCUGAUUGGUGUCACCAUCAUGAUACCCAGUUUGGACAUGAUGCUAAAUCAAAAAAUAAAAAAAUAAUUGCUACAUGUACAUUUUAUGAUCAUAGGUUAGAUUUAUUUUUUGUCAAUAUGAAAUUAUAAAAAUAUACACUAUUAUUAAAAAAGUGACUGAUAACUUGUAACCAUUUUAUUACUUUCAAAUUAAUUAC